UGUAAACAAAGAAGAACGAAGAGAGGAGUAAGAGUAAGUUUGAGAGAGAUUGCUAGGUUAACACACGUGUCCUCUUUUAUCGAAUGGGUGGAUGCAAAUAACUUCAAAAUUCCUCUGUUUUUGUAUUUUGAUAUAUAAAAUUUUAAUUGAAACCACCGAUAGACUUGUCCUAUUUUAUGGAAUGGAUGGAUGAAACUGCAACUCUCAAUUCACCACUUUAACUACCAAAAUUUGUCACAAGCUGAUUCUCAAACAAGGAUCAAUUAAAGUAGACAUAUGUAGCCUACAUUGGUGUCCUCUUUAGAAAUUAUUCAAAUUCUAACAAUUGCGAUGCUCCUUCUUACAAAUAGAAACUCACUGUCCUCUUUGUUGGAAGUGUCACUAUUCAAUACUCACUAACGAUGUUAUCUUUCUUUUUAUAUUUAUUUCCUUUUUUUAAUGUUAUUUUUUGGUAAAAUUCUUACUUUUAUAUUUGCGUUGAAGGUAAUAUACACAUGGAUGAGAGUCUUUAACGAUGGUUUGGGAUUUUGAAUCUCUUACUGGUUCAUUGCCACUAAUUUCAAAUUCUGAUCUUGAUAAAAUGGAUCACAUUAGUCAAUUGCCUGACUGCAUCUUGUCUUAUAUCUCGACAAAGUUUGGGUUCAAAGGAGAGAUCUCUUCUUUGAUGUUCUCAAUAUGCUUGGAACUGAAAAUGAACUGCUAGAAAAAGGGUAUCUCAUUGAUGUUCCUAGUAGCUCUACUGUGGAGAGGCACCUCAAUUGGGAUAUGAGUAAGGAUGAAUUUGUAAAACGAGUAGAUCAAUUUGUCAAGAACUUUCGAGGUACAAAGAUUGAUUCUUUCUUGGUGAACUUUUAUUUAAAACGUGAACAAAGCAACACUAUUAAUCAAUGGUUAAGUUUUGCAAUUGCAAGGGGAGUUCAAAGAAUCGAUCUACUUUUGCAAGGAAAGCCUUAUUAUGCAAACGACACUACUCAACUCAAAUGUUAUAAAUUUGACUUUGGCUUAUUUUUAGAGACUAAUGUUUCAACUCUAAAGCAUCUAUGUCUUCAACAUUGUGUUGUCUUCCCUCCAACCAACCGUGACUUUAUUCUUCCAUUCAAAAAUUUGAGAUAUCUUUCACUUGAAAGUACAGAAGUGGAUGAAAUGUUCAUUGAAAGUAUAUUAUCUAACUGUCUACGACUUGAAGAGUUUUGCUUAUGUUUUUGUGACCUCAAUUCAUCAUCGCUUAAGAUAGUAAGUUCAUCCUUAUGUUAUCUCAAGUUUAUAGGGUGCUAUGACUUAUCCAGUAGGAUCUUCGGUAUUGAAGUUGUCAAAGUCCAACGUUAUGUAAACUUGAUUUUACUGGAUUGCCUUAAACUCAUUUCAUUGGAGUAUGAUGGAGAAGGUUUGGAUACCUUGAACAUUAAUACCCCUUUGCUGCAGAGGAUUGAAGUCUCCAUUUUUUCUCAAGAAGAUCUUAAUGCAUUUGCUGCUCUCUGUGGAACUUUUCCUGAACUUGAGAUUAUGCAUGUGACCACAUUAUCGAUGGUCGCGACUUCCCUAGAAAUAAACCAGCCACUCAAACAUCUUAAAGAGUUGAACUUCGUUAAAUAAUGUUCUUAGAUAUUUUGAUUUGUAUUUAUUGGUACGUAUUUGUGAUUUUAAUUUUGUAAGUUUACAUAUCCCGAGUUCAUUAAAGAUCAUAGAGAUAUUAGGGAUGUUCAAAUAUUAUCUCAUGAGGAGCUAAAGGUUAUUGAAUUGGGAGGAUGUGUUGGAAAUUGGUUUGAAAUUGAGUUUUAUGAAUGUACUGAAAUGUGUCCAUAACCUUGAGCGAAUAGUUAUGAGUCCAUGUUGGAAAGAACAUGAUUCAUUGGAUUGGAAUUUUAAUCCUGUGUGGUUUCGAAGUGGACGUGACAGAAUUAGAGAAAAGCUUCAAGGUGAAGGAGUAAUUGGACGAGAAAAACUUGUACUCAUAUAAAUAAGAUCAAUUCUUUGUGUUU